AUGCGCCAGAAGCAGUCGCAGCCGAAGCACAAGACGGCCAUCAGGCCGCCUGGUGGCUCGACGGGUGGCAAGAAGCGUCCGGCCGGCAAGAGCGUCAAGAGCCUCAAGGCGCCGAAGGGAACGCAGAAGCGCCGCCGCUACCGUCCGGGCACUGUCGCGCUCAGGGAGAUCCGCAGGUACCAGAAGACCACCGAGCUCCUCAUUCGCAAGCUCCCCUUCCAGCGCCUCUGCCGCGAGAUCUGCGACAACUUCGCGCAGACGAUGCGCUGGCAAGCUUCGGCGCUUCAAGCCCUCCAGGAGGCGGCCGAAGACUACCUCGCCGACCUCUUCGCCGACACGAACCUCUGCGCAAUCCAUGCCAAGCGUAUCACCAUCCAGCCAAAGGACAUGCAACUCGCCCGCCGCCUUCGUGGAGACCCGAUGCACUAG